GAACCCUCGCUGCGGCGGCAUGUGCUCGAUCUGCUUCCGCAACCUCGGCAAGGCCCAGGACAAGCCCGACAAAGACGCCGUGGCCAGCUCCAGCCGCGGCUCCAAGAGCGGCGACCCGGUGGCGGAAGGGGUUGACCUCUCGCCCGCGACUCAACGCCGGCCGGAAGCCGUGCCGGAGGCAGUUCCCAGCGCGGGGCAGAUCGCGCAGCCGCCCAACCAGCACGAGGGCGGCCAUGCGGCCGGUGGGGAGCCGGAUGGCCCGGCGGAUGCGUCGGGCGUGGCGUCUGCCUGCGGCGAGUGCAGCCACCCCAGGAAGCGGCGGUGCACGGCCGACAACUGCAAGAAGCGCGUGGGGAUGAUGGGGUUCAAGUGCCGCUGCGGGGGCGUCUUCUGCGAGGGCCAUCGGUACCCGGAGGCGCACGCCUGCGAGUUCGACCACAAGGCCUCCGAGCGCCAAAAGAUCGCGUCCGAGAACCCCGUCGUGCGCGGCGACAAGCUGGACAAGAUAUGA